CUGAUAAUAAGUGAAUUUUAUCUAUACUUGUUGUUAGCUUGUUGUUUUUUUUGAUUCCAUUAUUCCAUUCAACGGGUGUGUGCGAAAAGAAAACAACGCAAAAUUGAUUUGGCAGCCAUUGCGGACCGGCUUAGCACCCUGCUGGAGAUGGCGCUCCAGAUAGCGCAGAACAACCGCGAUGGCCAGCAGCUGGUGGGCGGUGAGGGUCAGGGCAAGGUGGAGGUGUACGUGCUGUUUGCAAACACCACAUACCGUACCCUCGACCUAUACUGGGUGUGCGAGCGGGAUCGGGAGAACCUCUACCUCACACUCAAGCCCUUCGAGGAGGUCCGGGUGAACACAUACAGCACGCACUGCUGGCUGUUCCGGGACUACUACACCGGCGAACGGAUGCACGUCCGCUCGCAGAGGAUCUUCCAGCCGAUACGGGUGCGGGUGCCCAAGAACCCACACAAUCCGGAUCAGCUGGUCGACGUGCGCAGCGAGGUGCUGAUCCACUUCCCCAUGAGAUCGCUGCGCGAGAACUGCCUCUGGCUAGUGGCGCGCUGGCUAAUCCGAACCAGCAACGCGCCCAGGAGAAUCAUCCAUGGCUAUCACAUACCCUCGACGCUGAAGCAACAGCUCCUCAGCCUGCUGACCUGCAUCGAAUCCUAUUCCCGAGUGGCCGGCACCAGGCGUCGCCGUUAGGAUUGCACUUAUAGUUGUUAGUUAAAUGGGGUGGCAGGAAUCUAGGAAUUGAGAGCCAGACUUGAUUUCCAAAUAAUUUAAUAACUUUAAUUGAUUUUCAUCCUGGUUUUCUUUUUUUUUUCGCUUAUUACUUAUGUACAAAUUGGCUUGCAUAGAGCGUUUUACAGGUUGGACUACUGCCGUUGCAUUGAUUUCUUGUAUCUUUAACAGAUUACUUAUACUUAUGUCCUAUGUAUAUAAUUAUGUAUAAACCUAAUGUGAAACAAGUGUGAAUAUUACAUACAUAUAUGCGCAAUCCUCUAGGUCUAGAUGCUUCAGAUGCAAAUACGUUUUUAAUGGUAUGUCUGUAGUUACUCCCUUGCAAUGCUUAUCUACGUGUGUGUGUCGCAAGCUUAAUUCUUAUAAGUCUGAAUCUGAAGUACAUAGAAGUAUUCCUAACGAGUAGUAAACAAACAGAAGCACUCUGGUGCACUUUUAAAUGUAAAGUAAUUGUUCAAACAGAUUCUCCUUGAAUGUUUUCGUCCACGGGACGAGACGAAUGUUAACUCAAAUACAUUGCAUAAAUACAUACAAAUUGUUAAUUCGA